GCGGAGCGCUCGGCUGCGCCCUGAGCCCUCGGCUGCGCGGCAAAGCCCAGUGGAGACCCAGCGGGAGGCGCGAUCGGGGGAGUGCGGCAGACGGGGCGCCGACCUGGGGCGGCCCCGGCCCGCACCCUCGCCCCUCGGCCGGGCGGACAGCGGAGUAACGAAUUCAUCGGAUUAAUAGCUGUGGCCGCUUGCGGUGGUUAUUUUAAGAAUAAAGUGCCUGAGAGGAGAGAAAACGGUGGGCCUUAAAAAUCACCUUAAAAACCACCAGUCUACAGGUGGAACAACUGAAAGGGCCUGGGAACUUGCACCCUUGCAAGUUCACUUCUUUGACUGCAAUGGACAGGAUAUAAUCGCUGUGGAGUUCAAGGAUGGCCUCUAGUCCUGAGCCUCCCCCUGAAGAGGCCUCCAUGGGCAUCGACGACCUUCAUAUCUCACUGCAAGCUGAACAGGAGGACACUCAGAAGAAAACCUUCACCUGCUGGAUAAAUUCACAGUUAGCAAAGCACACUCCCCCCUCGGUGAUAUCAGACUUAUUCACAGACAUCAGAAAGGGGCAUGUCCUCCUGGACCUGUUAGAAGUGCUCUCAGGACAGCAGUUGCCGAGGGAUAGAGGAUCAAAUACUUUCCAGUGUAGAAUCAACAUAGAACGCGCCCUGACAUUCCUAAAGAAACGAUCCAUCAAGCUAAUAAAUAUUCAUGUUACUGAUAUCGUAGAAGGAAACCCAUCCAUUAUUCUUGGCUUAAUUUGGACAAUUAUACUGCACUUUCACAUCGAGAAGCUUGCCAGAACUCUUUCUUGCAACUACAGUCAACCUUCCCUGGAUGGUGUGAACGUGGCUGAUUCAUCUCCUACCUCAAGUCCUCCAGCUAAGAAAUGCUCCAAAGCCCAAGCAAGAUGGCAGUUGUCUGCAAAGAAGGCUCUUCUUUUGUGGGCUCAGGAGCAAUGUGCCACGUAUGAGUCUGUCAGUGUGACAGAUUUUAAGUCAAGCUGGAGAAAUGGCAUGGCUUUUUUGGCCGUCAUUCAUGCCUUGCGACCAGACCUAAUUGACAUGACGAAUGUGACACAUAGAUCCAACAAGGACAAUCUGAAAGAGGCCUUCAGAAUUGCAGAACGAGAACUAAAAAUUCCCAAAUUACUGGAACCAGAAGACGUGGAUGUUGUUGAUCCUGAUGAAAAGUCUAUCAUGACCUAUGUGGCACAGUUCCUGCAGUAUUCAAAGGAUGGCCCUGGGACUGUCGAGGGGGCUCAGGACAAGGUGAAAGAAGCUAUGGUCUGGCUUACUCUGCAAGAGAAAAAACUACAGAAGGCACUAACAGAUUCAGAAAAUGAGACCUACUUUACAAAAUACCAUAGCCUGCUGACCUUUAUGGAGUCGUUCAAUGAAGAAAAAAAAUCCUUCCUGGAUGUCUUGUCACUCGAAGGGGAUCUGAAUGAGAGUGAAGACCAGCUCCAGCUGAGGGAAGGCUGGAAAGGCCUCCACCACCAGAUUAACGUCUGGGAAAGACAGCUGAAUGACGCCUUGCCCUUACCCCUCCGUGAAAUCGAGGUGUGGCUCCGGGAGGUGGAGGAGCUCAUGGAGGAAGAAAUGCCAGCCUCCCAGAGUUACUCGGAAGCCAUGACUCUAACCCAAGAGAAAAUGACUUUAUUCAAGAGUCUGAUGGACAGAUUGGACUACCAUUCAAAUAUUCUGUUGUCCUUUGAAAAUAAAGAUGAAAAACACUUGCCACUGGUGCCACCCAAGAAACUGGAGGAAAUGAAAAGACGGAUCAACAACAUUUUGGAAAAGAAAUUCAUUCCACGUCUAGAAUUCCAUUACUAUGAGUGCUCAGUUCUGGGUUUGCUAGAUGAAGUGCAAUCAAAGUUGGAUGUCUGGAACGUCAAAUAUGGAAACAAAGAAUCGGUGGAGUUACUGCUGGAGGACUGGCGUAAUUUUAUUGAAGAAAAAGAGUUCCUAGCUCAACUUGAUACCUCUUUUCAAAGAUGUGGAGAAGUUUUUAAGAACUUGGCUGGAGAGUGUGAGAAUCUUAACGAACAAUACGUGAUGAUGGAACACAGUAUCUGUGUGUACAGGAAAAACAUAUGUGAUGUGAAGUCUACCCUGCAGAAGGUGCUGGCGUGGUGGGCCAUGUAUGUGGAAAACCUUCGCUUACUGAAGACUUGUUUUGAGGAAACAAAGAAAGAACAAAUUAAAGAGGUUCCCGUUGAGACGCUGUCGCGGUGGAGCGCAGAACACACAACUGUAAACGAAGUGGGAAAUUUCCUCCUGGAAGUGAGCACUGAGGAAGUUGGAUCGUCCAUUUCUAAAGAACUGAGAAGACUGAAUAAAAGAUGGAGGAAGUUUAUCACCAAAACUCCGCUUGAAAUGAAACUGCCACUUAUACAAAAGCAGGAUAAGCCAAUUCUUGGUGAUUCUGGAAAUAUUCUAUCUAAAGAAGAAAAACCAACUGUCAAUUUUUCAACCGAUAUGUCAGUAGAACUUCUGGAAAAUCACGAUCAGGAUGUAAAGGCUGUGGAGGAACACGAAAAAGAAAAUGAAGAAUCCCCAGGACAAUUCAAAGUGGGUGAAGAGGUUGAAAGACUCGUCAGACAGGUGGAAAUCUGGGAAUCAGAAGCCAGAUUCAUUUUGGAUCUUCUGAGACAUCAAGAUGAUGUGGACAGUUCUAUGAAGGAAUCCUUACAGCAUCUUAUUGCAAAAGGCUCCAUGUAUGAAGAGCUUCUGGCCAGAACUCAAGAUACUUUACAAAUGGAUGUUCAAAAUAUUUCAAGCCAGGAAUCCCUCCAGUGCCUUCUCACAGCUGGGCUUCAAGCAAAGAUUCAAGAGGCAAAAGAGAAAGUCCAGAUUGCUCUGGUAGAACUUGAUGUAAUGUUGAAGAACUCAACUGAAGUGUCACCAGAACUGGAUGUCAAGCUGAGGGUGGAAGAGUCCCAGAAGGAAGUUGAGUCAUACAUUACAGGAGCUGAGCAGUUACUGGGCCAGAGAGAGACCCCUGGUGGACUCAUUUCAAAAUACAAGGAAGCACUGAAAAUUUUGAAUACUAAUAGUCUGGUUAAGUACGUGAAAGCUGUUGAAGAACUGAAGCACAGUGAGCCUGAGGACGUGAGAUUGGCCCUGGAAGAGGAGAGUCGAGGUGCCUGUGCCAAGUGGGAGUCUCUUCAUCAUGAAAUUUCCUUGUAUAUUCAACAACUAAAAUUAGAUAUGGCAAAAGAAAAGCUGAGUGACAAUAUUGCAAAAUUGGAAAGGCAAAUAAAUAAAGAAAAGAAACUUAUUCGAAGAGGAAGGACCAAGGGUCUCAUGAAGCAACAUGAGGUAAAACAACCUAUCCCUACGUCAUUUUGUCAUUAUUUUUGCAGUUUGUCUGAAAUUAUUGUGUGUGUCCUUAGCCUAGAAUUAAAUCUGCUCUGCGAAUUGCUUAAGCCCUCUCAUUUCCCG